AUGUCGAAUAAAUACAUAAUAAUACCAACUACCGCACCAAAAAUCUCAAUUAAAUAUUUGAUUUUGUGCAACAAAAACACCAGCAUUCGCAGUCUGCAGUUUACAGUCGCAGUAAUCGUAUUUUAUCGGUGUGUGAUAUUGUUUGCGCAGGAGCUGGCGGCGCCGCUGCAGCAGGCGGCGCUGCGGAAGGUGUGGUGCUACCCGGUGCAGUUCGCACUGCCCGCGCCGCGGGCUCCGCUCGUCGAGCACUUUGUGGACCGCGACCCCGCCAUGUUACGCUAUCUUGGCGAAACUCAGAUCUUGAACGCUACAUAUCUACAGAAACUGGAAUGUCUGUACCGCUACAACUGUUUCGACGACAAGAAGUUCGAGCACUUCCUGUCGCGCGUGUGGUGCCUGCUGCGGCGGUACGCGGCGUGGGUGGGCGCGGGCGGCGAGGCGCAGCUGACGCAGAUGGCGCUGCCGGUGCCGGUGCUGGACUGCCUGCACCGCUGCUUCGGCGUCACCUUCGAGUGCUUCGCCAGCCCGCUCGACUCCUACUUCAGACAAUAUUGUUCGGCUUUCGCAGACACUGACACGUACUUUGGAUCACGAGGGCCGUUUUUGGAGCUACGACCCGUGUCAGGUUCAAUGGUUGCUCACCCGCCCUACUGCGAAGAGUUACUGGAGGCGUCUUUUCGACACAUGGAGCGGCUGCUUCAGGACUCUGCCGAGCCUCUCAGUUUUGUUGUGGUAUUGCCAGAGUGGCCCGACAGGCAGACUCACGCCCUGCACAAACUUCAAGCCAGCCAUUUCAAGAGAAAACAGGUGGUGAUCCCUGCGUUCGAGCACGAAUACCGGCAUGGAUUUCAACACGUACUACCCAAGAACGAGGUUUACUUCCGCUGGGGUGGCGGUACCGUGGUAGUGUGGCUGCAGAACGCGGCGGGGUUUGCUCGCUGGGGCCCGACGGAGGAGCGUGUGGAGGCGCUGCUGGACGCGUGGCGGCCGCGCGCCAAGCUGCGCGAGCCCGACGCGCCGGCGCCGCCCGCGCCCGACGCCGCGCCGCACCCCGCCCACCCCACACACCCCGCGCACACCGCACACCCGCAGCCGCCCGACAGACGCUAGGCACCGCCCUACAGACGAACUGUCUAAACUGUAAAUAGUUAGCGGGCCGGUCUUCAGAUCGUUGCCCUUUAAGUUUAUAGAUAUUUUUUUCUGUUGUAUAGCGCGAUGAAGUUUUAUUAUGUUUUGAUUGUUUAUUAUAUUUUCAGAAAAAUAUUUUAUUUUUAUAUUAACCUGUUCCCCGGCCCCUAGAGAUAAUCUCGAAAUCGGUAAUAAUUGUAAAGAAGAAUUUUAAAGUUUGUAGCUCUGCUGUGCGAUGUCAACCUUUCCCAUGUGUAUUUGUCCGCCUCUGUGAUUCAAUUAUAAAUCUAAAAAUGUAAUAGGUAUCAACAGCUAUCGUUGUUAUGUAAAAUUCAUUGCCGUCUAAUGUAUCCGUAUAAUAAGUAAUGUCUUUAUGAAUUAAAACAAUUACAUUUCAUAGUAAUAUCAAAAAUAGUUUUGGUGGCCAAUAAAAUUCACGUAUUAAAAGUGCAUUUAACUUGCGGCUCGCUGCCAAGAACGCACUGUAAAUUUUGAUAAGGGUAUUUGACCUAAUAUGACCAUGUAAUAUUAUGCAAUCUAUUUAGAAUAUGAGUUAAAAAGGUUGUAGAUUCUUUGUACAUUCAGUCAGAAUUACCGCUGGCAUUAAUUACUUUAGAUUUUGUUAUGCAAAAACAAAAACUUUAAUGAUACAAGAUAUCAGGUGUAAAUUAUAAAAUUCUAUUGUAAGCUCAAAGUAAAUAUUAUACUUACACUGUCCUCUUACUAAAUCGUGCGACUCGAGGCUAUGAAAUUGAACUCUUAACUAUGCAUUGAGUGUGUGUAUAAUUUUUUUACUAUGGUCAGUUACCCUGUCACAAUUAUAAAAUCGUGUUUGGGACCAACAUCUGAUAUGUCGUAUUUUAAUUUGAUAAAGGCACCGUACAGUACAGUAGUCAUUGGUCUUUCCUCGUUUCCAUCUAAAUGGGAAAAGAAAUAAAUGUGUAGAUGUUUAACAAAAACACAUGUAAAUUCAGUUUACUUAAAAUAUUGAAAAUAUACCUUUAUUCCGUCUGGACAUAAAAUUAACAAAAAUAAUAAAAUGAUGUACAUAUUUCGUGGUUUUUGCUUUUUAAUCAUACACAAGAAAAUAUCCUAAUGCAAACUUAAAUAUUAAUGUUAGUGAAGAAGAUAAAAUAUUGUAAGUAUUGCAAUGUUAGAUUUACAGAUCCUACUUAAUAUGUCAAUUUCAUAUAGUUAAUAUGUUAGAUUACACAUAUUGCAAUGCCUCAGGGCUAACUUGAAUUAAUCACUUUUUAUAUUUAAAGAACAAGAAAAGUGUGCAAACCAUUAUACUAUCACAGAGGGAAGUAGCAAAACUUCUAUGAAGUCUAGAUUAUUAAGUAAAAAAGAUGUAGAUAUAGGUUCUACAUUACACAUAGACUGGACAGCUGACAGGGUCAUCGUGGUGCGCACGAGUCACAAUUAUCAACGCCUUCAUAGAAGAAAAGCUAUC